AUGGAACCGGUGUCUGCAACUCUGGGUAUUGCCGCCUCAACUGUGACACUGGCGGCAUUGGCUGUGGGUGUCGGUAGAACUCUCACGACGGUGGUAAACACACACAGGCAACAUGCUGCUCUGAUUUAUUCCUUGAUUGGAGCAUGUAAAGCUGUUGAGGUGGCUUGGAAGCGAAUUCAUGCCUGGAGUGAGGCACAGAGCUGUCCCACCGAUGGACUCGAUUCUUCGUUUUACGAACAGCUUAUGGCUUCCAUUGACGUCGGCCGGGUCAUUCUCGGCAGUUUGCAGCAGGAUCUCGAACCAUUUACUCAUGUUAUACCUGGACAAAAAUCUGCCUCUGGAACGUUGAGAGCGUUGCUGAACGAAAGUACACUCAGAGACCACUGCGUGAGGCUUAAUCUUCAAGUCUCUUCGUUACAUCUGCUGCUUGCUACCUCAACCUUACCUCAACCCGAGACUCGGGACUUGGUAUGUGAAUGUCUGAGGCCCGUUUUUAGAAAGGACGAGGAAAGCGCGUGGACAAUUGUAUUCAGUGGGCCUGCAUCCUCACCAAGCUCACUCAUCAACGCGUCAAGGACUGAAGAUGAUACCAGCAGUGUCUGGUCGGAAAGGUCAUUUGCUUUUAUCAACGAUCUACUGACUGCCCCUGUAUACAAGCGUCUGGCGCUCUCUGCGCUACAACGGCCAAGACCAGCGCAGGAAUUAGACGGAGUUCUACCCUUGACUCAGGCUGGAGCAAUAGCUAGCUAUCACAUGCUUCCAAAGAAGCCCUGGGUUUGUGAUUCGAUCCACGAGACGUCUAUAAAUACCAGGAAGAGGCGGUCUACAGCAGCGACAACCAUAAAGCAUAUGAAAACAAUUGACCGGGGCGCAAUGCUGGUGGCAACCGACGCUGCGUCGGAGGUCUUUAGCUCUGGUGUCGUGACGGAUCUAAGAGAUACCCUAUUGUCCUCGCGAUGGCUACCCCUCAGAGCCAGCCUACAGGGUGGACUUAUAAGUAUGGAAGAGCAACUCAGAAUCAAUGCUAAACUGCUUGAUGCUGCAGCUAACAACAACCUGGUUGCAGUGGCGGAGGCUCUUGACGCUGGAGCAGACAUCAACGCUGUGAGGCCUGGACAAGGUUGGACGGCCCUACAUUUUGCCAUAAGUCACUGUUGUCCAGCUGUGCGGUUCCUACUCCAGUAUCAAAAUGUCAAUGCUCACGUCCGUGAAAACAACGGAAAAACCUUACUACACAAAGCAGUUCAAUAUCAAUGUGAAACUUGCAUACAGAGCUUGCUGGACUUCGGAGUUUCCAUGACUGACGAGGACGAGAGUGGCUUUUCGGCCUUCAGGUAUGCUGUUGAACGCUGUGUUAGUAUUGAGCCUCUACUGGCAUUGCUGAGGCAUGCAACAAGAUAUGAAGUAAAGACGGACGCUGUCACAGCUCUGGGUAAGGAUGCAUUGUACAAAUUAUGUUGCCUCCAACCCUUACGCAGAGCACAUGCGGCCAUUCUUGUGCGCUGUGGGUGGUCAUUAGCGAUGUUUGCGAAUAAUGAUUCAUCGUUGCGCUUAGCCUUUGAUAUCUUGGAAGAAGAGCAAUGGCUGCUGAUGUUGAUGCUGGAGCAGACCCAGACGACUUUGGAAAUCCGUGCUAAAGUGCCAUUGUGGAAUGAAGUGCUCAUGGCAGUCACUAAGGGACCAAAGAGGAACACCGCUGCUUUGCUGAAAUUGCUUCGUGCUGGUAUUAAAUAUCAGCACCUCAAGUUUGAAAUUUAUGGCCUCGCAGUUAGCCAGGACGAUCUUUCUCUCUUAGAUUUACUGGAUCGAAAAGCCCAUGGGAGGAUCCUGCGUAAGCAGCGCGAAGUUGCUACAAACAGCGAGGAAGCCCUAGAUGUUGUUUUCCCAAACGCCAACAAGCGACCCAUUUCAGCUAGCAAGGACGAUUCGGAAGCCGUGAUGUUGCAUGUGGCCGACGAGACAGAAAGUAAAGCCGUCUUGCAUCGACUACAACGAACCAAGAUUAUUGAUUUUCUAAGGCAUCACAAGCCAGGAACGAAUACCAAUCAGAGACAAGAGGUGCAUCCAAAGGAUGCAUGUGUAGCGGGAGCAUACCACAUGAGACACGGAAUUCAAGAUUCAGACCAUAGAUCGAAGAUUUGGGGAAAGCAGGAGAUAUGCUUCGGGCUUCACUUUAAAGGCGAAUGGUCCAUUGCUGCCGACAGGGUAUCCAUCAAUUCAAAUCAGUCAAUUUGA